UAUAUUAUCUUCUGACUCACUAUUCUCCGAAUUUUUCAUAAUUAAUAAGUAUAUUAAUUUAAGUAAAUAAAAGAAAUACAAUAAGAAAUAAUAAGAAAGAAGCAAAAACCGUGCGUAGUGCAAAAUAAGCGAGAGCAAUUUUAAUUAGGUGAAAGUGAAAAUAACGAUUUUCUCGAUUUCAAUCAUUGUAAAUCGAUAUUAGCAGACAAUGAGAUUUUACUAAUAAUACUGAAAGUUUAACACAAAAAAUAGUAAACAAUGCAGUAUUAUACCGAAAAGAGUGUAAAAGCUGCAAUAUUGCUAACGUUUAUUACAUUGUCCAGAUGCAGUGAUAUCACGCAGCAAGUAUUUGGCGAUGUAAAGGAAGGCAUUGUUGCAGCAUUUGGGGAUUUCAACUCUGACGAGUUAACUGAUGUCUUUUUAAUAAGAGAUCAAAUGAGUACCCUAGAAAUUCUAUAUGGUGCUUAUACGGAACCUCUCUUACGACAUGGUCCCUAUUGUAAUUUCGAUGGGUAUGAAAUCACUAGUGUAGUACCAGGAGAUUUCGAUGGUGAUGCUUUAAUGGAUGUACUUGUAACGCUACGACCAAAACGAAAUGCGGUGAAAAAUAUUUAUAAUAUACAUGUCAAUUGGGGCGGUCCAGAUGGUAUUAAUUGCUCCAAUGUUGGAAAUCCAAUUUUAAUCACCCAAGGUGAGCCUUUGGCAUUGGACUUUAAUCGUGAUAUGAUCAUCGAUCUGUUCGGAUUGGAUAAAAAUGGUGAGCGAGCAUUCUGGAUAUUUCAACCUCAACGAAAAGCUCCAGAAAAACGUACACAAGCACCACCAAGCGGUUCUGAACAAACUACCGCAUCUAUACGUAUACCUAAUGCCAAUGCCUAUUUAGAUUUUAACGGUGACUUCACAGCUGACCUUAUAGUACAAACAGAAAAAAACUAUGAGGUGUGGUACGGUCGUAUUGAAGAAAAGGAGGAUUUUAGUUAUAAUCACAGCAUUGAUAUUGAUAUCAUUGGUUCAUCAAAUUUCAUGAUUGGUCAAGCGGUAUUUGCUGAUUUUGAGUUAGAGGGCGUCGAAAAUAUUAUAUUACCCGUUUGCAUACAAACAGACUGCUCAAACUCAACAGUUUUGGUGUACGAUGGUAAAAGCUUCCGUGAUGUUCAUGUAAACUUUAAGGAUCCACAAGGUGUACUAUGGGGCUUUGUUCCUUCAAUUGAAUCAGAUGUUUACCUUAAAACCAUCACAGCACGUAGCGGAGACUUUAAUAUGGAUGGUUAUCCCGAUUUAAUUAUAACACUUCAUACUAUUAGCGGACCAAAGCGUAUGCAAACUUUUCUUUUAGAGAAUGUGCCAUGCAAAAUGUGUAACAAACCCCUAAAACGUACUUUUGAAGUUAAAUGGAAUGGUUUAAGUCCAAUGGGGAAUGAAACUGUCGCCGGCGCAUUUUACGAUUUCUAUCAAGAUGGUGUUCUCGAUGUUAUACUCAUUGAAAAAACUAAACAAGGAAAGUAUCGACCACUAGCAUUCCGUAACACACUGGACUAUGAUGCAAAUUUUGUUAAAGUUAUUGUUCUUACGGGACUUAUAAAUAGUAAAAAUCCUACACAAACAACACCAUUAGGUAGGAAGCGACGAACUUAUGGCACGAAUUUACCUGGUCCACGUAUUACCUACUCUACCACCACACAAGAGGGCGACCAACAACAAGGUUCAAGUGUUCAACUUCCACAAUCAGCUUAUUUCGCUCUGCAACUGCCAUACACUAUUUUCGGUCUUGGACGUACACCCAAUUUCGUAGACUCGCUAACAGUUGGUUUGGGCAGCAAAUCACGUACUUGGACACAAGUUAUACCGAACUCACAGAUUAUUGUUGUACCGAAGCCAGUGAGUGAACCACAGCAUUGGAAAGCUCAGCUUUUCGUUACACCCAGUAAAUUGAUUUUAAUGAGUGUGGUGGCAUUGGGCGGCACAUGCCUGGUCAUAGUGCUUAUUAUACUGGUUUUGUAUAUUAAAGAAAAACGUGAAGACAAACAAGAAAAACUGCAAGAAGCUCAUCGUUUCCAUUUUGAUGCAAUGUAAAAUAAUUGCAAUUUUCAAUGCUGUACGCAUUGCUUCUUGAAAUGCUUAUAUCUAUAUAUAAUUUUACUCCAUACCUAGUUUAAAAUCCUAUUUUAAUUGGAAAAGUGAUUUUUAUUUGUAUGUCUUUAUUAGUUAUUUUUUAAUGAAUGUCUAUAUCAAUGCGCUCUUUGAGUGGAACAUUAAUAAAUUAAAUUAACACCUCUAA